GGCCACGUGCUCUCCACCAACAACAAGCCGGUGCGUCCCGGCCUCCACUCCGGGACCGGCGAGGGACACCCAGCGGUCCCAGUGAAGCCCGAGGGGGCUGGGCGGGGCGGUGAAAGCCCCGGCCAAUAGGGGUACAGCGCCUGUGGAGCCGAGGAGAAACGCCGGAUGGGGAAACGGAGGCCCGAGGUCCAGAGAGUCCAGUGAUUUAUCCAAGGUCACACAGUAAGUAGCAGAGCUGGGAUUCGAACCCCAAUUAUUAGACUUGAGUCCAGCGCUGUUCUUUACUCCCCCAAGCGCCCCCAUCAGUUGGCUAACAGGAGAGUCUCCCGCAGCACAGUGUGCAGUCUGCCACUGAACAGUCACCUCCCCCUCUGAGCCUCAGUUUACACUUCUGCCAAAUAAUGGAGUUGUAUUAGACCAUUCUCUAAAGUCAUCUCCAGUGCAGAUGUUCUAUGAUUCUCCAACCCCCAACCUAAGGGGCCACAGUUUUCCUUUUAGUUUCCUCCAGGCUCCCUCCAUUCUAGUCUUGUCUACCAUCAGGCUGAUAUCUCACUUGAGCCAUAGCUCCUGAUUUUCUGUAGAACUGGCGGGACCCUCAUGUUUCCGAGCACUGUCCCGGGGCCUGGGUGGCUUCUGGAGGGUACUGCAAGAUCGAAGAAACUGGACCAUGGCCACCCCCAGGAAAAAUGUGACUGCUGGCAUCAUCAUCAUCGGAGAUGAAAUCCUCAAGGGCUACACUCAGGACACCAACACCUAUUUUCUGUGCCGGACCCUUCGUUCCAUGGGUGUCCGGGUGUCCCGGAUCUCUGUGGUACCAGAUGAAGUUGUGGCCAUUGCAGAAGAGGUAGCUUCCUUCUCCACCCGAUUCACCCAUGUCCUCACCUCUGGUGGCAUUGGACCCACUCAUGAUGAUAUCACCUUUGAGGCUGUAGCCCAGGCUUUUGGAGACAAACUCCAGCCCCACCCAGAGUUGGAAAAAGCUGUGAGAGCCCUGGGGGGCACUGGGCAAGAGAAGCUGGUUCAGGUGCCCUCCACUGCCCGUCUCCACUAUGGUACUGACCCUAAGACUGGAGUCCCCUUCCGAUUCCCCUUGGUUUCUGUCCGGAAUGUCUACCUCUUCCCAGGCAUUCCAGAACUGCAGCAGCGGGUGCUUGGGGGGCUAUCAGAUCUAUUCCGGAAUGAAGGAAUGCAAUUCCACCUUCGUGAGUUAUACCUGACAGUGGAAGAAUCGUCAGUUGCUUCCAUCCUCACAGAAGCACAGGCCCACUUUGGACGCCGACUUGGCAUUGGCUCCUAUCCAGAGUGGAGCAGCAAUUACUACCGGGUUAAGCUGACCCUGGACUCAGACGAGGAGGCAGCAGUAGAGGAAGCGAAGGCCUACCUGGCUGCUCACCUACCCCCUGGAGCCCUGGUGCCAUUUGUACCCAAUGCAGUGGAGCAGGCUGGGGAGGCUGUGUACAAGCUAGCCCAGUCAGGGACUUCCCUGGGGAAGAAGGUAGCAGGGGCCCUGAAGAUAAUGGAGGAAGCCCUGUCAAGGUACAGCCUGACCCAGCUCUGUGUGGGCUUCAACGGAGGAAAGGACUGCACUGCCCUACUACACCUCUUCCACGCUGCUGUACAGAGGAAAUUCCCAGAGCCCAAGGUCCCGCUGAAGAUUCUCUACAUCCGUAGCAUCUCCCCCUUCCCGGAGCUGGAGCAGUUUCUGAAGGAGACAGCCAAGAGGUAUAAGCUGCAAGUCUUACAGGCCGAGGGUGACAUGAAGCAGGCAUUGAGUGACCUUAGGGCACAGAACCCCCAGCUGGAGGCUGUGUUGAUGGGCACAAGGAGAACGGAUCCUUCAUCCCGAAGCCUCAGUCCCCUCAGUCCCACUGACCCAGACUGGCCCCAGUAUAUGCGCAUCAACCCACUACUGGACUGGACGUACAGAGACAUCUGGGAUUUCCUUCGUCAGCUGUUUGUUCCUUACUGCAUCCUUUACGACUGGGGCUACACGUCCCUUGGCAGCCGGGAGAAUACAAAGAAGAAUGUGGCUUUGAAGUACCCAGGCCCUGGAGGAUGCCCUGCCUAUCUACCAGCCUAUCAGUUGGAGAAUGAAGAUGAGGAACGAAAUUCACGAACCUGACUGUGGACUUGCUGUUAGACUAGGGGAUUUUGUCCCCCAUCUGCUGCUCUGCUGUCCCCCAGUCCCAGCAGCCCUGCCAUCAGUGCUGACCAAUAAAUGGUGCCUGCUACUGUG